AUGGCAAACGGGGUUGGAAAACACAAGCUGCUUGUCAUUGGACCAACAGAGCCAUGGUCACUGAGGGAGAAGCUGUGUUUGGCCACAUCUGUCAUGAAGAGUGGGGACCAGAACUGGGUAUCUGUCAGUCGAGCCAUCAAACCAUUUUCAGAACCUGGGCGCCCACCUGACUGGUUCUCUCAAAAGCACUGUGCCUCCAAGUACUCUGAGCUCCUGGAAACAACAGAAGCCCCAAAGAGGAAGCGUGGUGAAAAGGGUGAAGUGGUGGAGACAGUGGAGGACGUGAUAGUACGCAGACUUACUGCUGAGAGGAUUGAUGAGCUAAAAAAGUUGAUCAAAGAAACACAAGAGAAGCACAAGAAACUGAAGAGAGAGUCCGAACUGAUUCAAGCAGGCCAUCUGGAUUCCAAACUAGAAGAGUUAUGGGAGGAAAUCCUGCAGAAGAAGAGACUGGAAGAGGAGGAAUCAGAAUUGAAAAGAAAGACUACAGAUGCUGCUUAUCAGGCCAGACAGGUGGCAAAGAACACACCUAAGCGAGUGCCCGGCAUCACCAUGCAUUCACCCUCAGACUGCAGUUCUCCAGGCCAGGAAUUCUCACCAGGUGACCCACUCGAGUGCUUGACACUGGAUCAUGUAUCCGCAAAGAAUGCUUCAGGAUCAGCCAGGUUAAUGUCAUUCGCUGAGUCGCCUGGAUCUGGUAGUGACGACAUCAGCCAUGGGUCACUUCUGGAUGACCCCACCCAAAAGAAGCUCCUGGGCCAGAAAGGCACACCACCACCGUCUCCACUUUUAUCAGAGUUACUGAAGAAAGGCAGUAUCUUGGCAACAAAUUCUAGACUGAUUGGGGAAAGUGAUGGCUCCACUGGCAGUAUGACAGGAGCACAUGACCUGCAGCUGGCUCCACCUUGUCUGCCUCUCUCUCAGGCAACAGGUGCACCGAUGUUGUCUCGUCUCCUGGAGGCAGGUCCCACCCAAUUUUCAGCCCAGUUAGGUUUCAUGGUCAGUCCAGAUUCUGCCUCCAGUGCUCCUCUCUCUGCUGCCACUCCUGUUCCUGCGGACUCUACUGCCUCAGCAUGCACAGAGGUGGAUGUGAUGGUGCCGUCUGUUCCCACUGGAUGCCAGCCUGCCUCUGCAGGGGAUAAAACAUCAGAGCUCAGUGAAGAGGAUGUAACUGUGUCCUACAUGGGAGAUGAGUUGGAUCUAAAAACAGUGGGGGACAUAAUCGCCAUCAUUGAGGACAAGGCAGAUGAGACUGCAGAGGCUUUGGAUGCAGCUGCAGUUGAGGCUGCUCUGUCCCUGUGUGAAGAGAAUGGCCACGCUCUGUCUGGCGCCUGGGAAGCUGGGCCUUUCCAGCCCCAUGACUCUCACUCCGCAGUGCCCACAGGGGUCCCACAGUCCUCAUCUCUUCACAAUAGCCUGGCAGGGAAGACAGAAGUAUUAGAGGUUCAGGGCGGGACUUCAGCUCCACUCUCCUCUCUGUGCAGUAGUCAAGAUAACUGUCUUGCAGCACUCCCCAUGGGACUGAGGGGCCUUCCUCCUACCUCCUUAUCCUCAUACAACUCAAGGAGUUUGGUGCACUGCCACACUGGAGCACCUCCACAGCCUGAGGCAAUGAGAGAGACUGGAGAGUUGAUGCACCAGAAAAGCCAAAUUUCAUUGGACGUUACCAUAAAAUGUGAGAAUGACAAGUGGGCACAGCAAAGACCUGAUAAACCCCAUGGAGACUCAGUAUUAGAAGAUAGCCCACUGACAGAAAGGCGUUCCAAGGAGAUGAGGGCAGAGGAUGGAGUAAGAGUUCGGGGAGGAGAGAACGCCUCAGGGACUAAAGUGGACAAUGAGGUCAACGGGCCAGAAGUGUGUGGAGAAGAAGAUGGAGAUGGGGUGGAGGGAUUCUUGUCAGAGGCCGACGGGGAGACAGAGCUAGAGCCUGCAGCCAGCGAGAGCGAGGAUGGAUACAGCCUCCAUACCGCCUCCUCGUCUCUGCAGCUGCACACAACUGCAGAUUCCAUCGCCAGCAGCCCUGCCUCGUCGCAGUUUUCUGUAUGCAGUGAGGACCUGGAAGCUCUACAGGCUCACAAGAUCUGGAAGAAAGCCAUUAUGCUGGUGUGGCGUGCAGCGGCCAAUCACAGGUAUGCAAAUGUAUUCCUGCAGCCAGUAACUGAUGAAAUUGCACCUGGAUAUCACAGUAUUGUACAGAGGCCCAUGGACCUGGCCACCAUAAAAAAGAACAUCGAGACUGGAUUGAUACGGACCACCGCUGAGUUCCAGCGGGACAUCAUGCUGAUGUUUCAGAAUGCGGUCAUGUACAACAGCCUGGAUCAUGACGUGUACCACAUGGCUCUAGAGAUGCAGCGCGAUGUCCUGGAGCAGAUCCAGCAGUUUCUAGCAACCCAGCUCAUCAUGGAGACAUCAGAGUCUGGUAUCAGCGCCAAGAGCCUGAGGGGCCGUGAGAGCACGCGCAAACAGGACUCUACUGACAAGGACACUGUCUCCAUGUCCUCUCCUGCCUUUCUUCUUUCUCUUUUUGACGGAGGCACCAGAGGGCGCCGUUGUGCCAUAGAAGCUGACCUCAAGAUGAAGAAGUGAAUGAACCGUAUGAAAAUGUUGUCUGACAGUGUCCCUGAGUUCAAGUGAAAGGUGUAAUACUACAAGACUGAAUUUAUCCUCUGUCAGUUGCACAGAGUCUCACUCUGCAUAAUUUGCAAUGUAAUCCUUUACGUGCACUCUAUUUUAAAUGGGUAGACUGUAAUGUGGAGAAGAUCAUAUCUUCUGAGACAGCAAUACAGACAUGGAUUACAUGUAAUCCCAGAUUACAAGGGGGCAUUCAGGAGGACUAGGUCAAACCUUUCAUAGACGUAGUUGCAGAUCAUCCAGAGUUAGCCUGCACUGAAUCACAUCAGCUCAUAAAAGUGAAGAUGGGAGUCACUCCUAGCCUAAAAAUGGACUGAAAUUAAGCCUAC